GACAAUUAUAUGCAGAAAGACGGGCAGCAAACAGCAGAGCGUGAAAGCCAUUGAUGUUAAAAUUGAAACCGAUCCCUUUGUGAAUGACCAAUAUGAUGCUUUUUGUGUAAAGGAUGAAGACAAGCCCUGUGGGGACCCGCCGUCCUUCCCCCACACUGUCCUGCACGGCCACACUGGCUUUGAAAUGGGGGACGAGCUGCUGUACGUCUGCGCCCAAGGGCACGUCAUGGGCAACAAGGAGGCAGCAUUCACACUGCUCUGCGACAGCUGUGGGGAGUGGUACGGGCAUGUCCAGCCCUGCGUCAAAGACAAAACUGAGGCACACAUUGACUAUGAAGAUAACUUUCCUGAUGACAGAUCGAUACCUAUUGUUGAGAAUGAACACGUCAAUGGCAAAGAGGAAAUUAAGCAGGAGCAAGAACAGCUUUCCUUCAGUAAAAGUUCUGAGGAAGGACAAACUGGAGAUCCCAAAGGUGUUACUCAGGACACAGACACUUCUGAAAAAGGAAGCAGGGCACCAACAGAGUCCCCCGUGUCACUCCUAAGCCAAAAAAACCUGUUUUGGUUUCCAUCAGAAACUUUCAGUGAGCCUGAAUUGGAGAAAGAGACAGAUGAUUCCACUAAAGCACAGUUUUCUGAAGGUGAUAACCACAUUGGAGUGAAGGCAGCCUAUGAAGAACCUGGCACCAAAAUGUUUUAUGACAGUGAGGAUUUCCCCAUUGGACCCAUUCUCACAACUAACGGUACAAAGGCAGGGAUAGAUGCAGUUGCCAUUACUGACGAGUCGUGGCUGGAUGGCUACCCAGUAACGCAAGAAUUGGUAGAGGAUGAUGAAGAGGAAGGGGAUAAAGUUGAUGGUUCAAUGGGAACAGAAGACGAUGUUGUCCUCACAACUGACCAGCUGAAUCAUGUCGAAGUAAGAAAACCAGACAGCGGCAGCCCAGCUCCAGAGGAAGGUUUAACUCAGAUCAUGGCAGCAACAACGGCGGCAGAUGAUGAAGCAGUCAAAGAGACACUGGUACCGCUUACGUCAGUGAGUGAUCUGGAGAACUUAAGCGUGAGCAGAGGUUAUGACGAUGCUGCAUGGGACCACCCAACUACAUGUCUGGGAACUGUGACUCAGGAGCCCGGUACAAUGACGCUGAUGGACAUAACCAGCUUAAAAACAUCUGUGUCAGAAACCUCUGUCAUGGGCAGCCCCUCCGAUCACACUCCCUAUGCAGAAGCAACAACUGCCUACCCAGCACAAGUGGCCACCACUGUACCACCUCCAGAUACCAUCACUGACACGUCGUCCCAGGAAUUCACUGAGCAAGAAACUCUCACUCAGGGCCUUGGAGAAAAGCCUGUGCCCACAUCCAAGCCAUGUGAAGGAGAGGAUUGUCCCAAGUCCAGUAAAGCUGCCAUCAUAGCAGUAAUUGUGAUUCUACUCUGCUUGUUACUGGCCGCAGCUGUGCUGGCUGUGUGGUUUUUCAAAAAACGGCAGCAGAAAAAUUCUGUCUAUAAACUAAACGGAAGGUGUCAACCCAGACAUCAUUGCUACCACCACUACCACCACCAGCACAUCGAAAUGCAGAAAGUCUAA